AUGGACGAAGGAGAAAGUGGUCGGCCUAGAGCCAGGUCCGAUGCUCAGACACCGCAAUCCCCAACCGGACGCAACCGGGCUAGAUCUGAUGCCCAGGCACCUCAAUCACCAACCGGGCGGAACCGGACUGCCAGCGACGCAGACUAUAUCUCGCCGACGAGAGGCGCCUCUGGAGUCGAUGACGGCCAGGAAGGCACCGCCCGCCGUCGUAGCUCGGUUGCGUCGAGACGCAGCCGCGUGAGUGGAGUCCCUAGCUUGGCUCCUCGCACUACUCUCGCUCAGCGUACUCAGGGCAAGUUCACUCUGGCAGGUCCGGAUGAGACUCCCCAGCUGCGCUUGGCUCAAGAGCCCUUCGUUCAGCCAGGAUACGCGGACUUGAACCCCUCAUAUGAACAACCAUCCAAUGCCAGACCCGUCUGGUCUCUAGCCAAGCCGCUGCCGCGUGUGGUGCGGUCUGGUAUGGUCCCGACAAAGGAAGAGCUUCUGCAGAACCUCGCGAAUGCUCAGCGUCCCGUCGAGAACUCGCAGCGGUACGGUCUCGAUGUCGACCCCAAUGAUGUCGAGCAGGGUCGUAUUGAUAAGACCAAUGACCCGCGGAAGAUGGCCGCUCAGGUCGAGGAUGCUCGUCUCCAGCGUGAGCAAAACUUUAUGAACAAGAUUCUCACUGGCGAUGGCCAGUCCAUGAGACAGACCUCGCGCAUGUCGCGCCGUAUGUCGCGUGCUUCGUCGCAACGCCGUUCCAUGCGCGGCAGACGCCCGGCAAACUGGGAGCAACCGGAUAACCUUUCCACCGUUGAAGAGGGAGAGUCCCAGGACAAUGAUGAGCCUGGAGAACGUCCCGCCUUUGAUGAAAAUGAGGAGGACUUCCCAGAGCAGGGUCUUGAAGAGAGAAUGGAUGAUCUUCUUCCGGAUCUAGAGAAAACAGGCUACCCCGAAGACCUUCACCCACUUGUCCAAGAGCUCGUCGAGGAUGAAGUGCACAACAACCACACCACCUGGUCUGUUAUUCGUACUCACCACCGCGAAGCUCUCGCCGAGGCUUUGGCUGUCUUCGUUCAGCUCACUAUGGGCUUCUGUGUCGAUUUGUCUGUCACCUGUGCUAAUCAGGGUAACCCUAACACUACCUCCUGGGGCUGGGGCCUGGCUACCAUGAUGGGUAUCUACAUUUCUGGUGGUGUUUCUGGUGCUCACAUGAACCCCAUUGUCACUAUCGUUCUCUGGUUCUACCGUGGUUUCCCCAAGCGCUUGAUGCCCGAGUACUUCGCUGCCCAGUUCUUAGCUGCGUUCUGCGCGGGUCUUUGUGCCUAUGGUAUCUACUACCAGUCUAUCACGAACUACCUUCUCCUCAAUGCAGACUCUGGUAUCAUCACCAGCUUCGUCACCAGUCAGCGCGAAACGUGGAUUGGACCCGCCACGGCGUUCUUCAACGAAUUCAUCGGCACGGCCUUUUUGCUCGUUACUGUGUUGGCGCUUGGUGAUGACCAGAACGCCCCGCCCGGUGCUGGUAUGAGUUCGCUGAUUAUUGGAUUGGUUAUUUCCUGUCUGUGUAUGACCUUCGGAUACCAGACCGGUGCUGCAUUCAACCCUGCUCGUGACUUUGGUCCUCGUCUCGCUCUGCUUGCUGUCGGCUUCCCCAGCACCAUGUUCACUAACCCUUAUUGGUUCUAUGGACCUUGGGCUGGUGCUCUUUGCGGUGGUUUCUUCGGUGCUUUCCUGUAUGACUUCUUCAUAUUUACUGGUGGUGAGUCGCCGGUCAACUACCCGUGGGAACGUACAGAGCGGGCUAUGACCAAGGAAGUCAUGAAGUGGAAACACCGUGUGCACCUUGGUUAG